AUAGCUGCAGAUGGAGAAAAGCAAGACGCAUGCGAAGCACAAAAAGAGAUGAGCAAGAAGCUCUCUGCUUCUGCGCCGCCGUAUACCCCAACAACCAUUCCAAUUUUUGGAUCGAUUGCAGUUCCAGGAUUCAAAGACCACGGUGGAAUCCUUCCCUCUCCAUUGAAUAUGCCACCAAUGCUUCCUGUUAACCAUGUCCGCAGAUCAACUCCUCAUCAGUCUGUAACAGCUCGAGUUCCCUAUGGACCUAGGCUCUCAGGUGGUGGUUACAAUCGAUCUGGAAACAGGGUUCCGCGUAACAAACCAAGCUUCCCCAAUAGCACUGAGUCCAAUGGUGAGGCUAAUCAAUUCAAUGGCCCAAGAAUAAUGAACCCCCAUGCGGCUGAGUUCAUACCUAGUCAACCUUGGGUUUCUAAUGGGUAUCCAGUGCCACCAAAUGGCUAUUUAGCAUCCCCAAAUGGAGCAGAAAUAACACAGAAUGGGUACCCGCUGUCGCCUGUAGCA